UAGCGCUUAGUCAAAGUAGUGAAUGGUAGGUGGCGUUUUUGUUUCACGUUUCCCUUUGCAACCAUGGCUGAAGAUGCUCAACGCCGAGUAGAGUCAGCUCUCUCCAGUUUUGUCGAUGAAAUCGAAAAAUCCAAUCUCAGAAAAAUGCAGAGAUCGUCUUGGAAAAUGGGACUUGUUUCUGAUUCGUGUCUGAACCAAAAAGAACUCCUUGGGACGUCUACGGAGAAUCAGGAGAAACGUAUUACACUUGUCGAUUUGUCAUCCAGUAUAGACAUCAGUGACAUUGUGGAAGAAGAUGAUGUGAAAAGGAUGGCCUAUUUUUAUGUCUACGCCACAAAACUGCAGUCUUUGGCUUCUACUGGCGGGAAUAGCAUGGGGUUGGCUUCAGGUUUUCUCGAUCUGAAACCUCUAAUGCAUUGGAGUGUUGUCGUCAAAUUCGAGUCACCUGAAUCCAUUUACACGUUGGACGCAGACACAUCGGGUGGUCUUACAGGUGCCAAAUUUGUCGUUAAGGUAAAACGCCAAUAUCCUGAAAAAGUGCGUCGCAAAAUAGAAGUUGGAUCGAUAAUUAUUUCCCCACAACAAGUGAUUCGAUGCGCCCGGAAAUUAUACCUUAAUGAGGGCAAGUACGACUUCAUUUUUGCCAAUUGUCAGUCUUGGGCGCACAAAUUCUGUUGUGAGAUUUCGCCGGAUUUUGCUGCCAAUCUUCCUGUCACAAUAGGUGACUGCACGACGAUAGCAACAACCAUUGGGGUGAGUGUUAUUUCCUUGGGUGCCGCCGGUAUAGGCAUAGGAUGGGCACUUUGUAAAAUGCUCCAGAAUCGUCAAUCGAAAUUGCCUUCAUCGAUGAACGAAGAGGAAGAAAAUGAUGACAUUUGAAAAAUUUGCUAAGUAGCCGAUUGAGUCGAUGUUACGUUGAACACCCUGCCGACAAAGUAUUAUCCCUCCUUCAUGAACAUUUCGUCCAAUUAAUCAUAUUAUAUUCUAUGGUUUAUUUAUCCUGGUUUUCGUUAAAAAAGGCUGGUCUGAAAUUUGGCCAAAAAUUUAUGUAGCUGUAUUUGGCUCCUUCAUUUAAACCACGAUAAAUAUAUUUGUAAAUCAAA